AUGAGUCUUCUAGUGAAACAUAUCAAAAAGAUAGAUUUUUUUGGAGCUCCUUUAGUAUAACAAAUAGAUUCAGAAUAAUCCAUAUACAAAAGCAUCUUAGGUGGGAUUAUUACCCUACUUAUUUGUUCAGCCAGUGUAUUGUAUACAGCAUGGGUGAUAUAUUUAUGGCAUACAAAUUAAUUUAGCCCUAAAAUAUCAAGUUCUAUGCAUGUUUCAAAUUUUGAGUUAUUGGACAUUAACUAUGAUCUGGUGAAAAUUUGUUUUUAUAAAUAUGAAGAAAACUUGAUAGAUCCAUUCGAAUCCAAAGUACUUUUGCCUUUAAUCAUGUACACUGAAAAUUAUACAUUUACGGAAACAGCAGUAUUGAAUUUAACUAAUUAAACAACUUAUUAUGGAAACAAAUAUUUAAUCCCAUAAAUGAAAUUGGGUUUUACUAAUAUCAAUGGUGUUUUAAUUACAACUUCAGAAAUGUACAUUUAAAUAGUAAAAUGUACUCCAGAUUUGUUGAAAGAGGGAGAACAAUGUGCAUCAGAAGAAAUUAGUAAUUAGUUUUUUAGUUAAGCUUAAAAUAUAAUCAUUAUGUAACUCAAGUAUAAAUAAAUCAAUUCAAAAGAUGGUUCUAUAGAGACAAGCGUAUAAGAGUUUUUUGUUUAGGUUGAAAAACCCAAUUGUUAUACUUUAAAUACUUUUCUAUAAAGUAGUCUUUAUGAAGUAAAGGAUUCUAUGCUUUUUGGAUCUCCUAAUUAUUUUGAAUAUGUAAAUGGAGCUUUGAUUUAACCCUAAACUAAUUCUGCUGAAUAUUGUUAAUAAGCUUAUGGAAAUGAAACUUUUGCAUCACUUUAUGUUGUUAUGAAAGGAAAUCAGAUAAAAACAAUAUUUGAAUAUCCAAAUGCUGGAGAUUUAUUAGCUAAUAUUGGUUCAAUUGUUUCAGUCUUAUUCAUGGUUAGGCAUAUUAUAGUUUUCUUCAAUUCUUAUUUUUUGAAUGAAAAAAUAGUGCAUGACAUGAUUUCUUAUUAUUAUCCCUAAUUCUCUAAACUAAAGAUUAGAAAGAAUUGGAAGAGAUAGAUUAUUAAUGUUACUUUAUAAAAUUAAUAACUUGAUUUAAAUGAAUAUAUAAGAUUUUAUGAAGAUAUAAGAGCAAAAAUAGAAUAGAAGCUUACAUAUGUUAAUAUGUUAUACGAAAUGUCAAGGAUGUAUAUUUUGAUACGUUCAAGUAAACCCUAGGAAGAAAUGAAGAAAUGCCAUUCAUUAGGAGUAAAGCUUGGCCAUCUUAGAUUAACUACUGUUGCUUUAGAUCCUUUUGGUAAAUUUGGACUUAGCUCUAAAGAAAUAGAAGAUCAAACACUUAAUGAUGAUGAUAUUGGAAUUCUAUCUUUGUAAGAAAGAAAAAAAUAAUUUAAAGUAAAUAAUGUAAUUGAUGAAGAUUUGGAGUCUAUAGAUUUUUAUGAUAUAAAUAGAAUUAAAUUAUGA